GCAUUAUAGAACUGAUCAUAGAAGAAAACUUGUUUAACUAUGAGUUACGGGAGUAUUUCUAUGAAGACGAGCAUGUCUGCCAACGAGCGGUUGACGAUCCAGGCGCUUAAGGAUCAUGACAAAGUCCACCCCAAAAUGUCGGCUUCCGGUGCAACUCCGGUAAAAGAGCCACACGGUCCUACAAAAGCAGCGAGUUCCCGCAUUUCCGUAUCGUCCCGUCGGAGCCACACGAGCGGCGAGCAGACGUCCUCUCGAUCCGACAAAAACAGCCACCCGCCCACCAAACUCAACUACUUCAAGUUCGUUCUAGCGACCAAAGCAUGGCGUCAACAGGCCAAGGACCGGAGUAUACGGAGUGAGAAACUAUCAAAGCCGGUGGUUAAAUACGAAAACACGUAUAAAACUGAACCGGAAGAUGGACAAUUGUUUGCCCCGGGACGGGUGGAGCAAAUGAUAAAAGAAACGCUCGAACACAGGCUGAAAACUGUUAAAUACAGCUCGGAUAAGUCUAGAAUCAUUGCCACAGAGCUCACCGCAGAUAUUAAAAGCAAGGUGAAAGCAAUGGGCUUCCCGCGGUAUAAAAUCGUGUGUAACAUUAUUAUCACAGAAAACAAGCGGCAGGGACUUGAAGUGGCCAGUAGAUGUAUUUGGAACCAACAGACGGACAACUUUGCUUCCUAUACCUACAGAAACGCAAGCUUAAUUGCAAUAGCUAAUGUGCACGGAGUCUACUUUGAAUGAAGUCUAGUCGAACGUUACAUUUUAUCAUGCUUGUAAUUUGGCUUAUACAGUCGAACCCCGUUGGUUUGAACUCGCUUGGCUCGAAUUCCUCGUUAGCUCGAACUAGAUGUAAAGGGUCGCUUUCUUUAUGCUGAAGGUUAGCAUUCCCGCUUGGCUCGAAUUUUCCAAGGGUCGAGGUAUUAUCGCUGGUCCCUUGGAGUUCGAGCCAACGGGGUUUGCUUUAGUUGUAUUCCCUCGCAUUCUUUGUCUGUGAUAGUACUUCGUAUAUACAUGUAUAAGUGUAUAAACGGGUUCGAUAUACUCUAUCCGUAUUCUAGUUUGCUUUAAAUAGUUGCUUUUUUAUCAGACGAAAUGCUACAAUUACAUUAUAAAACAUGAUUUCACC